CUCAUCCUAUUCGAUAUAACUCUAUUAAACACCCGACAACCUCUUUAUCCUCUUUCACAAUUCCUAAAACCUAAUAAUCAUCAAUCAAAUCUCUCAAUCGUGUUCAAAGAUGCAGAUCUUUGUUAAGACUCUCACCGGAAAGACAAUCACCCUCGAGGUGGAAAGCUCUGACACAAUCGACAACGUCAAAGCCAAGAUCCAGGAUAAGGAAGGUAUCCCUCCAGAUCAGCAAAGGCUUAUCUUUGCCGGUAAGCAGCUAGAAGAUGGCCGUACCUUGGCUGACUACAACAUUCAGAAGGAGUCUACGCUUCAUCUUGUUCUCAGGCUCCGUGGUGGUAUGCAAAUCUUCGUUAAGACACUCACCGGAAAGACCAUCACUUUGGAGGUGGAGAGCUCUGACACCAUCGACAACGUUAAAGCCAAAAUCCAAGAUAAAGAGGGUAUCCCACCGGACCAGCAGAGGUUGAUCUUUGCCGGUACGCAGCUUGAAGAUGGCAGGACUUUGGCUGACUACAACAUCCAGAAGGAGUCGACCCUUCAUCUUGUUCUCAGGCUUCGUGGUGGUAUGCAGAUCUUCGUCAAGACUUUGACGGGGAAGACCAUCACUUUGGAGGUGGAGAGCUCUGACACCAUCGAUAAUGUCAAAGCUAAAAUCCAAGACAAGGAGGGUAUCCCACCGGACCAGCAGAGGUUGAUCUUCGCCGGAAAACAACUUGAAGACGGCAGGACUUUGGCUGACUACAACAUUCAGAAGGAGUCUACACUUCACUUGGUCUUGCGUCUCCGUGGAGGUAUGCAAAUUUUCGUCAAGACUCUCACCGGGAAGACCAUCACACUGGAGGUUGAGAGCUCCGACACCAUUGACAAUGUGAAGGCCAAGAUCCAAGAUAAAGAGGGUAUCCCACCGGACCAGCAGAGGUUGAUCUUCGCCGGAAAGCAACUUGAAGACGGCAGGACUUUGGCUGACUACAACAUUCAGAAGGAGUCUACACUUCACUUGGUCUUGCGUCUCCGUGGUGGUUUUUAAACUCUGUUAUGGUCUUACUCAAAAAGUUUCUUUUAAAACUUGUGUAUUUUGGGCGCUUGUAAAGCCCCCAAAUAAAUAAUUGAUGAACUAUGUUUCUUUCUUUCUAAUGACAAAUCGAAUUUAUGGAAUCAUAUCCUUCUAAA